AUGGCUUUAGCUUGUACACUGGGAUUUAAAUCAAAUGAUGAUUUCAAUCGAUCACUUCAAUGUGAAAAAACAGAUAAUCAUAUUGAUGAAUUCUGUCCAAAAUUGAAUAUUGAAAAUAUUGCACAAUUUAUUACUUUACCACCUUAUGCUGAUCCAGCUCAAUAUAUGAAAAUGGUCAAUGACAAUGUUGAUCGUAUUCGAAUUCAAUUUCUUAAAGGUACAACAACAUUAGCAUUUAAAUUUCGUAAUGGUGUCAUAGUUGCUGUUGACAGUCGUGCUACUGCUGGCGGUUUUAUUGCAUCGGGAGAAGUAAAAAAAGUAAUUGAAAUCAAUCCUUAUUUAUUGGGAACCAUGGCUGGCGGUGCUGCUGAUUGCGCCUUUUGGGAACGUGUACUUGCACGUCAUUGUCGUAUCUAUGAAUUACGUAAUAAAGAAAAGAUUUCCGUUGCAGCUGCUUCAAAAAUUCUUGCAAAUAUGGUCUUUGAAUAUCGUGGCAUGGGCCUAUCAAUGGGCACAAUGAUUGUUGGCUGGGAUAAACGAGGCCCUGGCUUAUAUAUGGUAUCUGAUGAUGGUGAACGUAUUAGUGAUAAUAUAUUUUCUGUUGGUAGUGGUUCAAUCUAUGCAUAUAGUAUUCUUGAUGCUACUUAUAAAUACGAAAUGAGUACAGCUGAUGCUAUUGAUCUUGCUCGUCGUGCUAUUGUACAUGCUGCUCAUCGUGAUGCAGCUUCAGGCAACAUCGUUCGAAUUUAUCAUAUGAAAGAAACCGGUUGGGAAAAGAUCGAAGAAAAAGAUACCAACGAUUAUAUGUAUCAAUUUCGUGAAGAUAAAACAAUGAAUUUUUAA